AGGGGAAAUGGGGUCGAAAUAAAACUGUGGCACAGUGCUUAAAGUGCGAGCAGAGCUCCUUUAGUCGCUCACUAAUGCGCCAUAAUGCGUGAAAAUGGCGCAGAAGGCGUUAAAUGUGCGGUAUUUUGUGUUAUUUUGAGUGUUGUAGCACACCUCUAAUGGCGUGGGUGCCUUAAGGGUUAAAUUUUUCAGCCGCCGACAUUUUAUAAACAGUCCCGCACGAGACCUAUAAAAGUUUGAGAUUUGUGUCUAUAAACGCACGUGUUAGUGUAAGUGCAUGUGCGGAGGAAAUCGUCCGCGUUAUUAUACGCCAUGCAGAAUGAGCUGCUGUUCUCUAACGUGUCGUGUGGACUGGUGCGGGCUUCGUUAUUCUCUCCACUAUGUCAGUGCGGGAGGCUUUUAACCCAGAGAGUUAUGAGUUGGACAAGAACUUCAGACUAACACGCUUCACAGAGCUUAAAGGCACCGGGUGCAAAGUCCCUCAGGAUGUGCUACAGAAACUUCUGGAGUCGUUGCAGGAGAACCAUUAUCAGGAGGAUGAGCAGUUCCUUGGGGCAGUUAUGCCCAGACUGGGCAUUGGCAUGGACACCUGUGUGAUUCCUCUGAGACACGGAGGCCUUUCACUAGUACAGACCACAGACUACAUCUACCCUAUAGUAGAUGACCCUUACAUGAUGGGCAGAAUCGCAUGUGCUAACGUCUUGAGUGACCUGUAUGCUAUGGGAGUGACUGAGUGUGAUAACAUGUUGAUGUUGUUGGGUGUUAGUAACAAACUGUCAGAAAAGGAGAGGGACAAGGUGAUGCCACUCAUUAUCCAUGGUUUUAAGGAUGCAGCAGAGGAGGCAGGGACCUCAGUAACCGGUGGUCAGACAGUUGUGAAUCCCUGGAUCGUACUUGGAGGUGUGGCCACAACGGUCUGCCAACCUAACGAGUUCAUCAUGCCAGAUAAUGCAGUGCCAGGUGACGUGUUGGUUCUCACCAAACCUCUCGGCACUCAGGUAGCAGUCGCAGUGCAUCAGUGGCUGGAUAUUCCGGAGAAAUGGAACAAGAUCAAGUUAGUAGUGACACAAGAGGACGUGGAGCUAGCCUAUCAGGAGGCCAUGUUAAACAUGGCCAGACUCAACAGAACAGCGGCAGGUCUGAUGCACACAUUCAACGCACACGCUGCCACUGACAUCACAGGCUUUGGUAUUUUGGGUCACGCUCAGAACCUUGCCAGGCAGCAGCGCAGCGAGGUCUCCUUCGUCAUCCACAACCUACCCGUCCUAGCCAAGAUGGCCGCCGUCAGCAAAGCCUGUGGGAACAUGUUCGGCCUAAUGCAUGGCACCUGCCCCGAGACCUCAGGAGGCCUGCUGAUCUGUCUUCCACGUGAGCAAGCUGCACGCUUCUGCGCCGAGAUCAAAUCUCCGAAAUACGGUGAGGGCCACCAGGCCUGGAUCAUCGGCAUUGUAGAGAAAGGCAACCGCACAGCUCGCAUCAUCGACAAACCCCGCAUCAUCGAGGUUGCACCCCAGGUGGCCACGCAAAACGUCAACACCACCCCAGGAACUACAUCCUAAAGCUGAGCCUACGCCUCCUGAACAUUUAGCACGCUCUAACACCACCACAGCGUAGAAACACACACCACCUGCCCACCAUGACCUAACGGCAGAUACUACAUGGACACGCUUACAAUUUGAAAAAAGUAACAGGGAAUUUAAAGUCCAUUGCUUUUGUUUUGGCCUUUUUUUUUUUUGUUUGUUUGUUUUGCAUUGCGUCUAUGUUUUCUGUUACAAAAUGUUGCAGAAGUACCCAACUUUAAGGCAGCUUCUACAGUAAAUGAAGAGUAUGAUGAUAAUCUGAUACUGACGAUUCAUUAUGAAUCUCUUCUACGGCUCUUCAAUCGGAAAUUAUGCGCCCAGUUCACGCCAAAUGCCCCAAUGAAAUGCGUACAUUGUAGCAUUAUAUAUUGUUUUGCUUUGGAUGCUCCAUGUGCUAGCAGUUGUUCAGACUGCAGCCAAUAUGAUGAGCGAUAGAAAAAGUGAGUAUAUACAGUUUUUUCUACUUUCACUUUUGUAUGACGUGCCCCUGGACGAAUCGAAAUAAAGUGACCCUUGCCUGGUUUUGAA